AUGUAUGCUGCUCCACCGCCUCCACCACCACACCACCAGCAAUCAAUGAUGAGCCCACCACCAAUGCGACAAUCACCGUAUCCACCAAGUCCAUUUGAUCCUCAUAGCCGCCAAUCGCUUGAAGAUGUGGGUGAUACGGAGCGUGCUAUGGGUUGGCAUGGCAGCAACCAACGAGCAAGCAUGUCGGAUGUCAAGUUAACAGGUGGUGGACAUCAUUAUGACUCUGACGACGAUGACAUGCUUAUGGUCCCACAAGAACAACGUAAACGGCGAACAUGCAUGGAUAAGGUCUGCUGUGGAUGCUGUACAUGCUAUCCUCGAUGGCUACGUUACAUCUGCUGCGUCAUUUUCUUGCUCGUUAUUGCACUUGCUAUUGUCAUUGGUGUGCUUGCAGCUACUUUUAAGGUCCCUGAUGUAAGCAUGAAUGGCCUUGAAGGUGAACCCCAAGUCAGCAUGACCGGCGAAACGGUGAACAUGAACUUUACUUUGGCUAUUUCGGUGGACAAUCCAAACGUGGAAGGCAUCACUUUUGAAAAGAUUGAGGCGAAGGCAUAUUACCCUAACCAUCACGAUACGCAAAUCGGAGGUGGUGAGCUUGACAAUGUGCAUAUCAAUAAGCAAGCGGUGACGAAUAUCAGCUUCCCUUUCAACUUGAAGGUGGAUGCAGCUGACGAUAGCAGUAAAGCCAUCAUGUCGGAUCUGCUAAGCAAGUGUGGCAUGACCGGUGGUGAAGCACAGCAAAUCACGAUCGAUUAUGAUGUUAUUCCCACCGUCAAGUUUGGCGUCAUCCCCAUCUCCUUCACCAUCUCCAACCAUGCAAACUUUGAUUGUCCUGUUAGCAAUCUGUUGUCAUCCGGUGCUGACGGCUUGGCAUCCCUUAUUCCCGGUGGUGUGUCACCACCAGCUGGGGCUUAG